AUGGCCACUCCGAAGAGCUCCUCGGCGAGACGCAGCAAGGGCGCCAAGAGGUCGCACCGCAAGCCGAAGCGGACGUGGAAUGUUUACAUCAACCGCUCGCUCAAGUCGAUCAACGACCAGAUGUCGAUGACGAGCCGGACAAUGAAGAUCGUGAACUCGUUCGUGAGCGAUCUCUUUGAGCGCAUUGCGUCCGAGGCUGCCACGGUUGUGCGUGCCAACAAGAAGCGCACGUUGGGUGCGCGCGAGCUGCAGACGGCGGUGCGCCUUGUGCUACCGGCCGACCUGGCAAAGCACGCGAUGGCGGAGGGCACCAAGGCGGUUUCUCACGCCUCCAGAUGA